AUGUAUCCUACAAUCCAAAAAUUAAAAUUUAAAUAUGCUUGUGGUCUAACAAGUAGAAAUAGAAAAGGUGAUAAUGACAAUGAUGAAUUAAUUUCAUCUGAUGAUGAAACUGAUAUUGAUGGUAAUUGUGAUUAUGAUCAUGGAGAAAGUCAAAAAAAAUCCAAUCCACCACCAAGACCCAAUCUAAAUAAUAUAGCCAUGAUAUUUCAACAAAAAAUAUAUGAGUCUUUGUUUGACCAUUGGAACCAAACAUCUGAUAUUGAGUUGUUAGCUACUUUAUUAGACCCACAUUUGAAAAAAAUGGUAUUAUUUGAUUAUGAAACUAGAACAAGAACUAUUGAAAAAUUGAAAGAACUUUAUUUAGAAUUAAAAUAUGUCAAAGAACAAGAUAGACAAUCAUCAUGUAUUUCAUCAUCAUCACAAACAACAAAAGAAGUAACAAAAUUUCAAUCACCUGAUGGAUAUUCUAUACGUGAAUGGAAGUUGACGAUUUAUGCAAUUAACGAUGUGGGAGCAAAGUUUCAAGCUAAUUUUAUUGAAAAAGUUGAAUAUAAUUUACAUCCAACCUUUAAAAAUCCAACAAGAAUUAUGAAAAAAGCACCAUUCACUAUCAUAGAAAAAGGUUGGGGAGAAUUUGAUAUGAAUAUCAGACUUUUUUUUCCAGAUAAAUCAAUCGAUCCAUGGAAUAUAGAUUUUGAUCUUAAUUUUCAAAAACCCCAUUAUGAAAGAUGA